GCCUUUCCCACGACUGUUCACUGUUCGACUUCCCUUCAAACACUGAGAAGAAAACACCAGAGCAUCGGCCGGACGUCUUUCAUCACCAAAGAGAGCCAGAACACCCUGCUGGCAACAGACGCAACGAUGGCUCGCCUGUGCUGGAUGGUCGUGGCUCUCGGCGUCUUCCUGUCUGACAGCGUGGCCGCUCAGGAACCGGAACCAGGCAUCAAUAAUCAGAAUGACCUCGGUUCCACCGUCGGUCCGGUUGCGAAGAUCCCACAGGACCAAGACACAGAGGAUCUCCAGCAAGUCUCUACGGGUGACCACGAGGGUCAAGUGUCCCAGGAAGGGGGGACAGGCGGGGAAGAGGGCACAGCCCUUUCAACGGGCACAGGCAUAGAAAUGGGUGAAGACAUAGGCAAAGGUGGAAAAGGGGGCAAGGUUAAGUGUAAGGGAGGCGGCAAACGUAGAAAAGGGGGCAAGGGUAAGCGUAAGAAAGGAGGCAAACGUAGAAAAGGUGGCAAGGGUAAGCGUAAGAAAGGCGGCAAACGUAGAAAAGGGGGCAAGGGUAAGCGCAAGAGAGGCGGCAAACGUAGAAAAGGUGGCAAGGGUAAGCGUAAGAGAGGCGGCAGACGUAGAAAAAGUGGUAAAAGACGAGGAAUACGUAGUGCAGAAGAGCAACGGUACGAGUGAGAAAAUCCGACAAAGGUACACCUGGACCAUGGGGCUGUUUGGACUGAUAAGACACGAGAAAGGAGAAUCUGAGCAGCAACCCAAUGAAGCUUACUGAGAAAAAACAAAAAGAGUGCCCUAUGCUUAAUACCAAUGCGCUUGUUUAUUUGUCUUCCUCUAGAUUUAAAAGGUGCACUAUGAGUUCCCGCAUGGUGACUUCUGUUGACGUUCCAAGUAAAUUCAAAACCGAGCAAGCUCGCCCUACCCCCAUGUUUCUGUAACUGUCAUGACUAAAGGACUAACUGUCACUGACACCCACCCACCCCCUCCCCCAACCCUCCUGUCAGUGAUCGGCUGGAGUGUUUUGUUGUAUUUUUGGUGCACAGCCUGUGCCCCUAGUGUUUGUUUGCGACCCCUGUUUUGCCCCCCGAGACCGGGCUUUUGCACCGUGUAUUCAGGCAGGGGGAGCGAACGGAUCCAGGAGCGAUGCCUACAAUUUGAGACACAAAUGAAAUUGCGCUGAAACCACGCAGGAACUCACAGUGCACCUUUUAAAGACUUCCUUCUGAAGUGUAUUAAUACUAGGGCUAUGACUAUUUACUGGUCUCAUGAUUCAAUUGCGAUUAUCCUGUCAACAAUUCAAUAUUGCAUAUCACAUAUCAUUAUUAUAUAUUACUGCACAUGGUUUUCAUCCACAAAUUCAAGCGGUCAGAUAUACUGUGUAUGAACUUCCCUUUUUUAGCACAGUCUGAACACAGCAGACAAUAUCUAUUUUUUUAAUCAAAAUAAGAAUAAAGAUGCAAAAGUGAUAAUUUUGUUAUAUAGUAAAACAUAUUGCAAUUGCACUAUCAGUGAAAAUAUUCAAAAUUAGAUGUUAUUUCAAAUCGUUUGUAGGCGAUAUCAUGUAUUUUACAGGAUGCCUUCAAAGACAGGCCACAGUCUACAACCACUAAAUGAAGGACAUCAACACCUGUAAACAUCUCCUAUCAGACAUGAUGGCACCUCACAUCAUCCUGCUUUCAUUUGCAACAACCCUAGUCAAUACCUGUGACUAUAAAAACAGAGUUUUUGGCACUAAUACUAAAACGACUGAUUUUUUAGCUUUCAAAAGAAUUAAGAUGGCAGU